GCCGCCCUCCGCAGGUCUACCUAGCCACUCUUUUGCCUUCUUCCGAACGCUAUGUCGUUCGCAUUGACGCUCCUUGUUUCCGCCCCCUUGGGUCUGGCCUCACGCCGCCGAGCAAGAUGCGCUCAGAGAUCGCCACGCUCAAAUACGUGAGGCAACACUCCUCCGUCCCAGUACCCGAUGUCACCUACCACAACCUCGAUGACGAAGGCGAAGUUGGCGGAGAGUGGAUGAUGAUGGAAUACGUUCGUGCACAUACCCCCACUCUCCCAGCCGUAGUAGGCCUGACGGUCCGCAGGUCCCCGGUGUGCCCCUCAUGGAGAAAUGGCCAAACAUGACUCGGGAAGAGCGCGAGGAAAUCUGUCUCAAGAUUUCCCAGAUAUGGGGUCAACUACUAUCAAUGCGCUUCCCCUCCGUAGGCAGUCUCUACGAGGCGCCCUCUUCCGGCCCCGCGGACAGCACCGUCAUUGUCGGCCCUACCACUUUUUAUCCUUCCGCGAAGGCCAACCGGACAGCACCGCCCGACCCCUCAAGAUGCGGGCCAUUCACGUCUCUCAAGCAGUGGCUGCUUGCUAUCGCGCGCCGCGAUAUGGCGUUCGGAGAUCCAGAGCCGCUGUCGGAAGUACAUCGCGAGCGCAUGGCCGCCGUUGUAUCCGACAUCGAGUCUGCCCCGCCGUCCCUCUUUGGCGAUGAACAGACACGAGACGACACCACCUCCGCCAUCGUUCUCGAGCACAUCGACCUCAUGCCUCACAACGUGCUCGUGCGCCCGGACGCACCAACGGACGUCCUCGCUAUCAUCGAUUGGGAGGGCGCUCGGACGGUCCCCCUCUGGGCGGUGCAGCCCAUGUUCUUGGAGCAGGACCUGGAAGGGUAUAAGGAGUACGUCGCGCUCAUCAAACGUGCCCUCAGUGAGCUCGUCCCGCAAUGGGAGGUGGCGCAGAACGGGGAAGAGUGCCGAGAAGUGCGCCGCCUGUACCUCCGCGCGCGCUUAAGCCUCUUCGACCCAGCCACGUUCCACCCGGACGAGAUCAUCUGGUCGUUCAACCCCAACUAGGUUCGUGCGCACGCUCGCUCCCUGCACGCCGUUGCUCCCCGCGUUGUCUUUUGCAUUAAUCAUAUACAUAUUUGCUUGCAUUCAUAUCAUCAUCUUUGGGCCCUGGGCUCCUUACGCUCCUUCGGAUAU